UGAUGCUCAAGGAGGUUGAUAACAUCUCAGUCCAAGCCUUUCUGUUGGCCUCUGAAUUUUUGCAAAAGACUUGGGAUUAGACUGAGCAGCCAUGGAGUUACAGUUGCUCUUUUCCUCAAGCAAACAUUGGCUAAGUUUAUUUAUAGCGACACUGCUACCAGAGAGCAUAGAAGAUCGAGUUUCUCCAGCUGUCUCUCAAAAAAAUCAAAGCACCAGCUUAUCCCUAUGCCUGCUGUAGAGCUGCACUCUGCUGAAACUUUUUCGUUUCAUAAUCACAUUACAAAUGAGUGCAGAUCAAAACCAAUAAUGGAUUCAGUGCUGAACAGGGCCUACAUAAUGUUUCAAGUAGUUCAUGAUAAUUCAAAGCCUCCUAAGUAUGCUGAGAAAACAAAUAUGUUCAACAACAGACGCAUCAGGAUCAGGCAUGCACUUGACGGUGUUAGACUGCAAGCAAGAGAGAGGAUACGAAGCAUUGAUGGUAUCUCGAGCUCAGUUGAUCAGAUGAUCGAAAAGGCAUCCAUGAAUGAGCUCAUCCAGCCAUUGGAGUGGCAUAAGGGAGAUAUUAACAAAUGGGCUUCAGAUUUCUCAAAAUUGGAGUGGAACCAAUUCAAACGCCCUCAAGUCAGAGUAGUUGGACUUCUCAUAGAGGCUGCCAUAUUUGAUGACCUCAGGGAAGAGGUUGUUUUAGAUAUGUUUGUUCUAAAUUGAUACUAAAUAAAGCCAAAUGUAAGCUCUUUCAUUUCUUUUGCUAUUUUUUCAUGAAACAAAAAU